AUGGAACCUGCACGGCGCAUCAACAAGUGGACUCAGGAAGAAGAUGCCAUCUUGCUCCAGAGACUCCGGGAACAACAAGCUAAUAAUCCUCCUGAUAAAGUGGUUGAUUGGCAGAAUAUUGCGGCAGCAAUUCCCGGGCGGACGAACAAAGACUGCCGAAAAAGAUGGCUUAAUGUGCUCGACGGGGACCUAAGGAAGGGAGCCUGGACCGCGGAGGAAGACAGGCUGCUGAGCGGCGCUGUGGAGACGGAAGGCAAAGUAUGGGUGCGAGUGUCGGAGCAUGUACCUCGACGUACAGCAGAUCAAUGCGCCAAAAGAUGGCAACACUUUCUUGAUCCUGCCUUAGAUAGGUCUGAAUGGACAGAGUUAGAGUGUCAAAUACUAUGGGAUGCAGUACAGAAACAGGGCCGCAGAUGGCUACAGAUUAGAAAUGAUCUAUUUCCUUUGCGUUCCCCUAACUCGUUGAAAAACCAGUAUGCAUUUAUGUCACGGCACUUCUGUAAGAGUCAAAUGGACUGUGCAGGCGAAAGUGACAGUCUGAGUACUGCUGAAUCAAGUCCUGCAUCACACAGCGAAGAACUCUGCAUGGAUGCAAACCAGUCACUCAACGACGGCAUCAGCUUGAUAUCCAAUGACGCUGAACUAUUAUACCCUUCCGCGGACGAUAUGAUUUUGUUCCCUGUUUCCCAUGAUGAAACGGUCAUGCCAGAGUACACACAUACAUUGCCACAUUUUGCUCUCGAUUGCAUGGAUCAAUCAAACAUUACCACGACCGACUUCACAAACACUUUCGAUUUAGGCAGUCAUCCCCAGCAUACCACCGGUGUCGACGACAACGUAUUCCACCCCUGUAGCACUUCAGCAGAGGACUACCUGAGCCCGUCAUCCGGGUUGGAAUCAAGCACGCUAAUCUCAGCGGACAUGCAUGAGUGUCAAAACAAUGACGGCCUAUGGACUUUGCCAAGCUGUUCUGUGAUGACUGUGAGACUGACGAAUCCAGCACCGGAAGCAGUCAAUGAGUUUAUUCGCAUUUUGAUGGCGCAUCAGCAGCAGGUGUCGAUAGAUAUAGAGAGCUGA